CAGUCCACGUUCGGUCGGGUCUUUCGCCUUGACGGUUCAGGUCAUCCAAAAACAAUACAAGGCGCCCAUUUUGUCAGGGAGUUCAGAGCAGGUUUGACCACAUUUGCCACCAUGGCCUACAUCAUCGCAGUAAAUUCGACCGUGCUUUCGGAGUCUGGGGGAACGUGCAAGUGCCCACCACAUGUCACCACAAAGGGCUGUGUCGGCAAUACGGAAUACGAGGCGUGUCUCCUCACUCUGAAACAUGACCUUAUAACAGCAACUUGUGCAAUCGCUGGGUUCUCAAGUAUACUGUUUGGCUUCUUGACGAAUCUGCCCGUUGCUCUGGGACCUGGAAUGGGGCUCAACGCAUACUUCACAUACCAAGUCGUUGGCUGGCACGGCAGUGGCCCAAUUCCAUACAGAGUCGCCCUGACCGCUAUCUUUGCUGAAGGAUUCAUAUUCAUGUUCUUGGCCUUGACUGGUAUGCGCCAAUGGCUCGUGCGGGCGAUACCAUCGACCAUCAAGACAGCUUGUGGUGUAGGCAUUGGGUUGUUCCUCACCGAGAUUGGGCUCUCGUAUUCCGCAGGCCUAGGUGUUAUUACUGGAGGCUUCGCCACACCACUGACAAUUGGAGGCUGCCCUGCCGAGUAUCUUGACUCGAGAGGCGAGUGUUCCAGCCACAUCAUGACGAGUCCUUCCAUGUGGAUUGGCAUCACACUUGGCGGAUUGCUCAUCGCUUUCUUGAUGGCGUUCAAGGUCAAGAGUGCAAUAGUGAUUGGAAUCAGCCUGGUGACUGUAAUCUCAUGGCCGCGCGAUACAUCAUUCACAUAUUUUCCGUACACUGAAGCCGGAGACGCUCGUUACAGUUUCUUCAGUAGAGUCGUCGCUUUCCAGCCUAUGGAAAUGACGCUGGCACAGCAGGAAUGGAGCCUGACUGGCUCGACGGCGGCCCAGUUCGCUCUCGCACUACUGACCUUCCUAUAUGUCGAUGUCAUCGACUGCACGGCAACGCUGUACUCAAUGGCUAAAUUUUGUGGCGUUGUGGAUGAGUACGGCGACUUUCCUCGGUCGACUGUGGCGUACUGCACCGAUGCACUAUGCAUCUCCAUCGGUUCGUUGUUCGGAUGCUCGCCAGUCACGGCAUUUGUGGAAAGCGGUGCAGGAAUCGCAGAGGGCGGAAGGACUGGACUCACUGCCAUCUUUACUGGGCUCUGCUUCCUCGCCUCUCUUUUCUUCGCUCCGAUACUCUCGUCGGUGCCACCUUGGGCCACCGGUGCUACGCUUGUCCUCGUGGGCUGCCUGAUGAUACGCCAAGUGACUAACAUUAACUGGCAAUAUAUCGGUGAUGCUGUGCCGUCAUUUGUGACGUUGGCGUUCAUGCCUUUCAGCUACAGUGUAGCCUACGGGCUCAUUGCAGGAAUGAUGAUCUACGUCGCUCUGAACACGAUGAUCUGGCUGGUUGUGUACCUUUCAGGAGAGAGAAUCACCCCAGCCAAUUGGGAGAAUCAAGAGGUGUACACGUGGGGCAUGCGACCAGGAGACAUCCCCGGCUGGUUCUUAGCACUUCGCCACAAA